AAAUCCAACCGGAAGGAGAAAUCGAGAAACGAACCGUUGCCUUGUCUCUUCUUUUUUAUAUCCGAGGCCUGGGGGAGCGUGUCCAGCGUGUCCCCAGGGCAGGCCGCCGGUACCGGCCGGGUGUGCUGGCCUGGAGGGGAGGCAUGAGGGAACGGCGGGCUCGGGCUCGGGCUCGGGCUCAAGCUCAAGCGGCGGGGGAAGGGAGCGGGCUGCGAUAUUCACUUGCUCAGCGGCUUGGCUUCCGCCUCUUCCCCGCGGACGGACUUUCGCCCCGGGAUUCUCUCCCCUCCCUAUCGGCAGGGAGGCAGCCGGAGCCAUGGACGGCCCCGCAGCUCCGCAGGGAGGCCUCUCGGGGUCCCAGCAAGUCCGCAUGAUGCUCUAUGCCCUGCAGCCCCAUGAGAGCUCCUUCCCCAGCCUCGAGGAGGUGCCCGAUUAUGUGAAUAAGGCUACGCCGCUUUUCCUUGUCUUGAUGCUGUUGGAGUUUGUUGUCAGUUGCGUUUGGAAGCAUCAGGCACCAGGGAGGAUCAAUGAUAGCAUAACUUCUGUUUCUGCAGGAGUCCUGUCUCGACUUCCAGAUGUUGUGUCCAGAAGCCUUGAAUUGACUACCUACAUCUAUGUGUGGGAUAACUACAGACUCUUUGAACUGCCAUGGGACUCACCAUGGACCUGGUAUAUGACAUUCCUAGGAGUAGACUUUGUAUACUACUGGUUCCAUCGCCUGGCCCAUGAGGUUAAUAUAUUGUGGGCAGCACACCAAGUACAUCAUAGUUCUGAAGCUUAUAACUUAUCCACAGCACUGAGACAAUCUGCACUGCAGAGAUACUCUUCUUGGGUUUUCUACUUGCCUAUGGCUCUUUUUAUUCCUCCAUCAGUAUAUGCUGUUCAUCUCCAGUUUAAUCUCCUUUACCAGUUUUGGAUACAUACAGAGGUAGUUAACAACCUUGGACCUCUGGAGCUGAUUCUUAAUACUCCCAGUCACCACAGAGUUCACCAUGGCAGAAAUCCUUACUGCAUUGACAAAAAUUAUGGUGGUACCCUCAUUAUUUGGGAUAGAAUUUUUGGAACAUUUGUGGCAGAAAAUGAUAAAGUUAUAUAUGGCCUAACACACCCAAUAAGUACAUUUGAACCUUUCAAGGUCCAGUUAUGUCACUUGGUUUAUAUGUGGAGCACAUUUUGGGCCACACCUGGAUUCAGUAAUAAGCUCUCUGUAAUAUUCAAAGGCCCAGGUUGGGGACCAGGAAAACCUAGACUCGGCCUUCCUGAGGAAAUCCCAGUGAUCACUGGAAAAGAGGUUCCAUUCAAUCCCAAAUUGCCAAUAUAUCUUUCUGUCUAUGCAGUAGUACAUUUUACCUUGAUGCUGGGCUUUUAUGUGGACCUGUUUGAGACCCAGGCCACAUUAUCACAGGUAACUCUUCUCCUGAGGAUUGGCUACAUUAUCCUGACAUUGACCUCCAUUGGAUUCCUUAUGGAGCAAAGUUCUAGGCCCAAAGCAGCUAGUUUGGAAGCUGUCCGCUGCUCAGUCUUUCUCGUUCUGCACAAACUUAGUUACCUGAAAAUAUACAUUGCUUCCUUGGCAUUUACUUAUGAGGUUUUAUUUUCACUCUGCAUUGCAUUCUGGGGAGUACAAAUUAUGAAGCAACUGAUCUCCAAUACAGCAAAACAUCAGUGAAUUAUGGAAAGAGCCCUUUGGAAUAUGCUUCAAAGUUGCUUGAAAUAAAUUGAUGGUGCCUCUUUCUGAAACUCAAGCAUUUCACACAGGCUAGGUAGGAAUCAUGAUGUUUUAUGAAGGUUUGAAAGAUGUAUUAAAAAUGGUCAUCUGGUUUUAUUUGAUCCUUUAAAUAUUGAUUCUCCUGUUUACCCAAGUUAAAUUUAAGGUCCCUAUAUUUUUUUCUUGUGCUUUCACAGCACUUUUUUUUUACAUUCAAGGGAUCACAAUAUUCUUAAAGCAUGUAAAAAUAAUAGCAUUUUUCAAUCACUUUAGUAGUAUGUAACCAUAUGUGGAAAGCAUUCUUUACAAUAGCAAUAAUUAAAAUCAUAUUUGUUGCAACCUGGUAGUCUCCAUAGAGACUAAAUCUAAAAGAAUGUAAAUGUAAAUUUUUCCAUAAUGAUUGAAUUACAAUAGAAUCUCAGCGCCAUGCACAAUUGUGUGUUCAUAACAUACAACUACAUAAGGAUGAGUAGUUGAGACAGGAAAAUGAUUUAAAACAGCAUGAUACAAUAACUCUGAUUUGUAUUAAUUGAAUUUUUUUCAAUUAACUAGAUAUAUCAUGUGUUGUGUAAUGCAGGCUUGCAGCUUAGGUUAAUUUGUUUAAGGAGUACAUCCGCAUUUACCAACAACUUUAGGACUGACCUCACCAACACUGACACAAGCAAGUUGCUCCAUUGACUACAGUAACUCCUUUCACAAAAAGAAAAGGAGUACUUGUGGCACCUUAGAGACUAACAAAUUUAUUAGAGCAUAAGCUUUC